AUGCUAAUUGUUGGUCUUACCGGCGGUAUUGCCAGUGGGAAGAGUACUGUGUCAAGAAGACUGAAAGAACAUUAUAAGAUCACUGUAAUAGAUGCCGAUCAGAUAGCCAGAGAUAUUGUUAUGCCUGGCGAAUCGGCAUACAAAAAGAUUGUGGAACAUUUCCAAGAGAACAUCCCUGAUUUACUACUAAACGACAAGCAAUUGAAUAGGGCAGCAUUGGGACAAUGGGUAUUUGGCAACGCAGACGAACUGAAGGUUCUAAACGGAAUCACUCAUCCUUCCAUUCGGUUACAGAUAUUUAAAUCCAUCCUAUUAUGCUACUUGAAGGGGUACAAAAUGUGCGUGUUAGACGUCCCAUUACUGUUCGAGGCCAACCUGGACGCAUUCUGCGGAAUUACAAUAAGUGUUAUAUGCACCAGCGAACUGCAGAUAGAAAGAUUGCAAUCAAGAAACCCUGGCCUCUCGAUAGAGGAAGUGCACAACAGAUUGAACUCCCAGAUGAGCCUAGAAGACCGUAUCGCAAGAUCCGACUACAUCCUGGAGAACAAUGCCAGUCUAGCAGCUCUCUAUGACCAAAUAGACCUGCUAGUGACCAAGAUAACCCCGACAUCAAUGAGAACCGUCUUAGAAUACAUCCCACCUCUAGCAUUCAUCAGUGCAGCAGCAACCGUCUGCUCAAAGAAGAUCACCAUCGGAUGGAGGGAAUCCCACAAGCCACCACAAGCCAAACUAAAAUAA